AUUUUAUUAUUUCUAAUGCUUUUAGAUAUCGAAUAUCUACGUCAAACCCUUCCCGAAGGUACAGAAAAUGAUUUCUUCAAUUAUUUGGGCAAUUUGACGGCAAAAGAUGUUACAUUGUAUGCUAUUGAUGAAGGUACCGUAGCAUUUCCCCGGGUGCCCAUUAUUAAAGUUGAGGGACCCUUAAUUAUAGUACAAUUAUUAGAGACAACUCUAUUGACUUUAGUGAAUUAUGCAAGUUUAAUGGCCACAAAUGCUGCUCGUUAUCGCAUGGUUGCUGGCAAACAUGUUAAUCUUUUAGAAUUUGGUUUACGGCGAGCUCAGGGUCCAGAUGGUGGUUUAUCAGCGUCGAAAUAUUCUUAUAUUG